AUGACACACAAAUGGCUGCUCAUUGUGGUACUAACUGUUCCAGCCGUCAGUGUCAUCGCUGUCGAUAGAACACCUCUAAGAUACAUCCCGUUCCGGUGUCGAAGUGGUAUAUCCGUCUCGCUAACGUUCCGUUGUGAUGGAUUUGCUCACUGUCCGGACGGAUCGGAUGAGGACGGAUGUGUGGCUGCAUCAGUGGUGCAACGUCCCCCCGAGAUGGUUAAAGUUCGCGUCGGCGAGUGGAUGAAUCUAACCUGUCAAGGAGCUGGCGUUCCGCCUCCAACAGUACGUUGGAAAAUGAAUGGAAACGAGCUGCUGGAUCCUGUUUGCGAUUGGAUUACGGAAGAUGGAACCGGACACUUAUCCUGCCGGAUGAGGCUGAUCGAUACGGGUAAUUAUUCGUGUCAUCUGGCACAUCCACUUGGGAUGGUUGAUGUCCAGCCGGUAACGAUGGCCGUUGUGGAAGGUAAUCCUUGUCCGAAAGGAGAGUUUCUAGCCGGCGAGGAACACGCCGAAACAUGCAUCAAAUGUUUCUGUUCCGGUGUGUCUGAGCUGUGUCAUAAGUUUGAGCUGUUUCGAUGGAAUUACACGAUGGCAAUGAACGAUUGGAAAAUGGGAUUUGCUACGUGGGACGGCCAUGGACCGGUGGAAACAGUGAAGAGUAUCAAAGAGUUCUCUGCAAAUCGUACCCUUUACUACAGCCUACCGUAUCGAUUUAUUGAGCAUCAAGUAAAGUCUUACGGAGGGUAUCUACGGAUUCCACUGGCAUCAGACGCACUUGACGAGAUUCCAGACGUUAUUCUAAUGGGCUACAACAGAACCAUCGUAUACAAGAAGAACCCCACCAAUACCGUCUUCAAUCGAACGCUUCAAAUUAAGCUCCAAGAAUCAAGCUUCAUCCACCAAAAUGGCUCUUCCCUCGAUCGUACCGACUUCCUGACGGUGUUUGCCUACAUUGACCGAUUUCUGAUUCGCAUGCGCCCAACAAAUGGACGCUUUGAGCCAAGCGAACAGAGCAUCGUGAUGGAUUCUGCCAGUGACUAUCAGCGUGGCAUAGGCCAUGCUGGUCACAUCGAACAGUGUCGCUGUCCGGUCGGGUUUCGUGGUACAUCUUGUGAGCGAUGUGACUUUGGCUACAACCGGGCGUUUAUAGGACCACCGAUGGGUUUGUGCAUGCCUUGGGAGUGGCACCGGAAGCGAUACGUCCCCAAGAGUACUACACCAAGAACUUACCAUUACGUGUAG